GUGGCCAUUUACUUCAAUCUUUGUGGGUGUUUUACUGUAUCUUAGCGAUGACCGCCACCGGUAAGAUCAUCUCUCUUCAAGUUAAAGAACUAGACACCAUUCGCACCAUUAAACUCCAGAUUGAGGCUAAGGAAGGUAUUCCGUGUCGCCAGCAGGAACUCAUCUUAGAUGAAAUGCUUCUUCAGGACACCGACACCAUUGGGGACUUGCGCAUCGAGAAGGGAUCCACCCUCAAACUUAUGCGCAACUCAAAGAUGAAUAUAUUCGUGCAGGAUCUUGGCCCCUACCAUUUGAUUUUUCCGCUUGAAGUCAAACCCUCAGACACCAUCGGCAACGUGAAAGCCAAGUUUUUUGCUCAUUAUGGUGGUAGUGGGAAUGUGCUAAUCUUCAAUGAAAUUGUUCUUGACGACGAUAAUGACACGCUUGCUGACUUCAACAUUAUCAACGGAUCCACCCUCACAAGCAUGGUAAAAUAUGAGAAAUCUAUGGAAAUAUUUGUGAAUUCGUACACUGGAAAGACCAUCUCUUUGUUCGUCCACCCUACAGACACCAUCACCAAAGUGAAAUCGGAGAUCAAGCGUAAGGAAGGUAUUCCUGUUGACGAGCAGGUGUUGAUUUUCAACAAAGUAGUUCUUGAGGACAGCGCGACCCUUCUCGACUUCCAGAUCAAGGAGAAAUCAACCCUCACGCUUUUGCAACGAUCAAGGGGAUUAAAGGGAUUCAUGAAUAUAUUCAUCAAGACCUUCACCGAAGAUCAGACCAUUACUCUGGAAGUCAAACCCUCCUACACCAUCCACAACAUAAAAGCCAAGAUCCAGAAUGAGGUGCAUAUUCCACUUGAAGCUCAGGAGUUGAUCUUCAACAAGAUGGUUCUCCACGACACUGAUACCCUUGCUAGCUAUAACAUCAACAAUAAAUCAACACUUACAGUUAUACGUAUAUCACGGGGAUUCAUGCACAUAUUUAUCAAGACCCUCGAUGGAAAGACCAUUACUGUGGAAGUCAAACCCUUCGACACCAUCCAGAAUGUGAAAUCAGCUAUCUAUAAUAUGGAAGGUACUCCCCACUGCCAGCAGAGAUUGAUUUAUGGCAACAAGCAACUGGAAGACAGCCAUACCCUUGCCGACUAUGACGUCCACCAUGAAUCAACCAUCCAUCUUGUUUUAAGAAUACCGGGAGCGAUAACGAAGGCGACAAAUUGGAGGAGCUUAUUUUAAUUAUGAUCUAUUACUAUGGUUAAAGACGAUGCCUUGUUUGUUUUGAUGUAGCUAUGUUUUGUUAACUUGUUUUCUACAAGUAUUUGAAGUAGUUGGAAGCCUUCACUA